UUUUGUUGCAACACCAACCGGAACGAAGCUGAAUGACACGCGAAUUGGGAAUGGAAAAGUCGGAGAGUGAUUGCGGAGACGGCUCAAAGGAGGAGGAAGGUUCGGUUGCUGGAUGCUCCGGGUUUUUUGGUCGGGAGGAGGAAAUCCCAAAGCCCGGGAAAUGGGCCCUUCGAGAGGACUGGCUGGCAACUCAUCCUACGUUCACAAAAAUGAUGUCAUUGGAAGUGGCUGACAGCACAGGGGUAUAUGCUGCUUUCUUAGUUUAUCUGGACCUUCUAGAAGUUCGGAACUGGCAGGAGGUAUCCUUCACUGGGCUAGCAGAGUUCCAGCUGGUGUGCCUCCAUGGACGUGAGAAGGAAACCGAGCCUUUGCAGGUAGUGGUGCCAGCUCCUGCCCAGGUAUCAUUCAGCCAUGAGAGGCUAUUCUCUAUGCCCUCUACAUCUUGGCUCUACAACCUGGCAACCAAGGACAGCAAUCUACCAGACUGGGAUCAGAAGCCUCCUUAGAAAAGCCAAACGCAAGCAGCAGCUGCAGCAGAGUGGGUUUUUUGUUUGUUUGUUUUUUUCAUUUUCCAAAGGGAAAGGAUGCUUGCUUUCUUGUGAAAAAAGAACAAAGGUAUGCAGGGCUGGGAGAUAAUUUCCUGUGAGACUGAGGGCCAGAAGGAUGGCAAGGAACAUUCUGGUGAAUAGGAUCUUUGUAACUAAUUAUAUGCCUCAUGGCAACUGUUUGGUGGAUGGGAAAACUCAUCUAUGCUCCCCAUCAACUUUCUGUAAAAAUACUUGCAACAUAUUUUCAAAGGGCCACCAGGCCCCAAAAGGUUGAGAGCCUUCUGGCAAACUCCCCCUUUCCUCCUGAAUAUUGGUGUGCUGAAUUUCUUUUGUCUUCAUUCUUGUCUUUUUUGCUGUUGUCUUCAUUAUUAUAGUUGGUCUGAUUCCAAUGGGUAGUAUUGUAAUCAAACAAACUUGACGAUGAACAGGCACAAAAACAGCUAGGGAAGUGAUUGAAGCCUGGGAAAUAGGCCCUUCAUCAUCCAACAGGGAUGAUGAUUUACCACCAGCUUAUGAAAUACUUAGAAGACGACGGCUGGGCAGCACAAGCAAAUGACAGCUAACAGAAAAGCCUGCCAUAAAUACACCAAUCAGCAUCUAAAGAGCCAUAUACAACAGGUGCUAUUUAAAUACCAUACACAGAACAGUCCAAAGCACACACUCUAGAGAGAAGUUCUCUAAGGCAGGGCUUUUCAACCAGUGGUACAGGUACCACCUGUGGUACAUUGGCACCUGGCAGGUGGUACGCGACCAUCCUAGAAAAGUGGUAGCGGGGGAGGGAAAUGAGCUGAACUGG